CUUGGAAGACCAGAAGUUGCCCUUCAAGAAGAAUUUGUCCUUUUCCAGUGCAUCCCUGAACAUUUACUUGGAAUUUAAUUUGAAAUGUUUUCAGUACCCUGCAGUCAUAGUAUUUGGACAGAGCAAUCUGAAAAGACAAGGAAAGACAGGAGAAUAGGAGAAAGCCCACAUCGGGAUAACCACUGAACUCUCUGCGCAGGAUAUUCUGGUAACAGGCAGACAAUGUUGCCUUAAAGCAGAGGCAGGUCUGUUAUUGGUGAAAAAGUAAAUCUUUUACAGGUCACCUGCUUGAACAGGUUGACAAGGUUCAGAACUCAUUAAAUUUACUGUUAAGCUAGGUGCACUCAUGUGUUAGUCACAAGGUUGGACACAAAGGUCACCUAAUGUUCUCUCAGUCUGUCACAAAUAUUCAAGAUGCUGAAAACACCAGACAUGCUCCUUCUCUUCUGUCUUGUCGGGGCUGCGAACGCCCUGUACAAACAGUGGAUCCCUGACACCAACUAUGAGAAUAAGACCAAUUGGGACAAAGGAGCUGUCCCAUGUGGCAAUGACAUAGUUCAGUUUUCAGCCCAAAGACAAGUGUCUGUGUUUGUGGAGACCACGCAUGCUGUGCAGGAGAUGAGGAUGCCAGUUGAUGGAGAGUUCAUCCUGAAUUCAGGAGCUGGAUUUUAUGUUCUGGCAGGACAAGAACCAGGCUGCGGACAAGGUGUGACUACCAAGUUCAAAGAUUCAGACUCUCUGCAAUGGUUUAACCCAGCUCUGUGGCAGGCGGCUGCGACUGUGGAUGACCUGCAGCAUGGAAACUUCCUGUUCUCAGUCCAUGAAGAGAGUGUCCCUUGCCAGUAUGAUGAGGUGGUUUUUAAAGCCCUCUCCUCCUUCAGAGUGGACACCAGCUCCAGUCAGUCUAGCAUUCCUGUAAAAUCUGUGUCAGUGCAAGGGAAGAAGUUUGAUAGCAAAUCUGAGUUUUCACAGUAUCUAAGCUCACGCUCAGGUCGGCUGCAGUUUCACGGAUCCUCUGCCGUCACUGUUGGGAACCCAGGGUGUGGGGAUCCUUCUGGCUGUGAGUGUGGGAACUCUGUAAACCAUCAGCGGAUCUGUAGCAGUGUAACAUGUGCAUCUAUGAACUGUAAGAUGCCUCUACUCCCCAUAGGACACUGCUGUGAGGUAUGUGGUGCCAUCAUCACUAUCCAUUAUGCCCCUGGUUUCAACCUGCAGAGUUACAGGCAACGGAUCCAUCACCUUUUUCUCGUCCAGCCAAAAUACAAAUCCAUCCAGCUGGGCAUGUCUAAAGUUGUCAAGUCACAACGUCUGAUGGGGAUCAUCCCUUUCAGUCCCUCACCUGAGAUCCAGGUGGCUAUUCUGGAUGGAGAAAAGGGGAAAAAGUCAGAAGCUCUCGCCUCGGAAAUAGUGAAGGAUGCCCGCUCUCAUGGCUCUAACCUCGGAAUCACUGGGGCUGAAUUUCAAGCCUCAACUGGCAGCAGCAGCAAUCAGUCUGGAGGCAAUGCAGGAAUGGUGGUUGGAAUUGUGUUUGGAGUUUUUAUUAUGAUUACACUCAUUGUCAUAGUAGUUGUCCUGAUUCGUAGGGGCAUUGUUCAAAUGCCAUCAAUGCCAUCAAUGCCUUCAAUGCCAUCAAUGCCUUCCAUGCCAUCAAUGCCAUCAAUGCCAUCUCUGAGCAGCUUGAAGAGAAACGGUGAUAUUGGAGAACUUGGUGGGCCUCUUGACCACGGAUUUGAAAACCCCAUGUUUGACAAGCCCAACAUGCUGUCUGAUAUUCCCGGAUUGUCUGGGACUGAAACUAAUAAUUCAAUCUCCAUGACUCAGACAGGUGUGUACUUUGUAAAUCCAGUUUUUGAUGAGAAUGAAACUGAUUUUAAUGCCUGAAGUUGAAUACAAUUAACUUUUCCA